AAAAUACAAAAACCUUAAUGAAUGCACGAAUCACCCAUGAAGAGAGGAAGAGCUCAAAAGAUGGAAAUAGCUCUCCUGGCAUUUUCCCCUUCGUUUCAGAAUGAGAUAACCUCAAGCAAGAGAGCGAUAGAAAAGUUGUCCAAAAGUUCUUCCUUAGCGGGAUUCAGCAGUAUUACAGGAAGAAGCAAGAUAAAUCAGUUACAUUAGAGCAGGAGAAGAGCAAAGUAGUAUAUGUCAAAGAAACAGAACCCGAGCUGAUCAUCUCAGAUGGGGUCUCACUCAUGACUUGUAAAAUAGACUUAAAUACAGCCAAGGACGAUGAUUUCGACCUCCAGACUCUGAAAGGGAACUAUAUCAAGCUGAACGAUUACUGAUUUUCAGUCAAAAUGGAGUCUAUCCUUAGUGAGAACAAGGACUUUGCUAAGAUAUUACUAGUAAUAAAGAAGUAUCAACUCUUCAAUGACUCCUCUCUCAAAUUGACUAAGAAUAUCAAGCUCCAGAAGCAAGUAUCAGAGAAUCCUAAGGUAGAGAAUUUGAUAAAGUAUACUAAGCAUAAGCUAUGCAAGAAUGCUGCAGCUACUCUAUCUCCUGAGGAUAUGACCAUGCCAUCAAUCAGUGGUUUAAUAAACAAUAAGGGAGAUGACUUUAACCCAGUGAUUAAGAUCCAGCAGAAGAAUCUAAGAAAGAGUGUUGUAAAGACUCAGGGAUUCCAAAAUCCAUCUCAAAGUGAUAUUGACGAUAUUUUCACAUCACUCCCGCCAUUAGAUUAUAGCAAGGUUUGAGAAGUUGUAAAAGAGAAAGAACUCAAUGAGGAGGAGAAAGAGCUCAUGAAUAGCCUAGAAAAGGUCCCUGAUGGUGGUGCUCUCACCAAUAUCUUGGUAGGGCUCUAUGAAAAUAACUAUGAUGAGUCAGAAGAAGCCAUUCAUUCCUCCUCCUCUCAAAAAGGCAAAGAUGAUAUGGAUAUUGAUCAAGAAGAACUAGAGGAUGUCAUAGAUAGUGAUAGUGAUUGAGCAGACCCUCCAGCGAAGCCUAAGGAACAAGUUGACGGCUAUGACUUAGACGAACUUGAAGAUUGAAUAGACUCAGACCCUGACUUCAAUCCUAAAGGAGAGGUGGAAAAGCCAAAAGUAAUCCCAAAAUCAGUUUUGAAACAGCGUGAGCAAGCUCUUAAAAAUUUAUCAAAUAGAGUCUCCCUCCACACAAAAGAGAAAAAAGAUAAGUUGAAGAAAGACUUCACCUCGAACAUUACAAAGAAAGAGUGGGAUAAAUUCAAGCAGUGGUAUCAAGACCAGAGCUCACACAACUAAUAAGGGUCAGAUU